GAUAUAUAUCCCCCUCCUUUCCCUCUCCUCUCUCAUUCUUCGUUCUGUUUCUCAGGCUACACUCUUCUUGCUGAGCAGACUCCCCUAGAAUCCCAUCCCACCAUUUUCUGGGGCUUCCUUCCUGCUCUACUCCAUCAUCUUCUGCGUUUAUUUUCUCUCUAAUUAAGGUUAGUAAAAGAUGGCCGAUGCUGAGGAUAUUCAACCCCUUGUUUGUGACAAUGGAACCGGAAUGGUGAAGGCUGGAUUUGCUGGUGAUGAUGCUCCCAGAGCUGUGUUUCCCAGCAUUGUUGGCCGACCCCGGCAUACUGGUGUUAUGGUUGGGAUGGGUCAGAAAGAUGCAUAUGUAGGUGAUGAAGCCCAGUCAAAGAGAGGUAUUCUUACUUUGAAGUACCCCAUUGAGCAUGGUAUAGUUAGUAACUGGGAUGACAUGGAAAAGAUUUGGCAUCACACGUUUUACAAUGAGCUGCGUGUUGCUCCUGAGGAACACCCAGUGCUUCUCACCGAGGCUCCUCUCAACCCAAAGGCCAACAGGGAGAAAAUGACUCAAAUCAUGUUUGAGACCUUUAAUGUUCCUGCCAUGUAUGUAGCCAUUCAGGCUGUUCUCUCCCUAUAUGCCAGUGGUCGUACAACUGGUAUUGUUUUGGACUCUGGUGAUGGUGUGAGCCACACUGUACCAAUUUAUGAGGGAUAUGCACUUCCUCAUGCUAUUCUCCGUUUGGAUCUUGCUGGUCGUGAUCUAACUGAUUCAUUGAUGAAGAUCCUCACUGAAAGAGGGUAUAUGUUUACCACCUCUGCUGAGCGGGAAAUUGUCCGUGACAUGAAGGAGAAACUUGCAUAUGUUGCUUUAGACUAUGAACAAGAACUUGAGACUGCAAAGACCAGCUCUUCAGUGGAGAAAAACUACGAGCUUCCUGAUGGACAAGUUAUUACAAUUGGAGCUGAGAGAUUCCGUUGCCCAGAAGUUCUUUUCCAGCCAUCUAUGAUUGGAAUGGAAGCUGCUGGAAUCCACGAAACCACUUACAAUUCUAUCAUGAAGUGUGAUGUGGAUAUCAGAAAGGAUCUCUAUGGCAACAUUGUUCUCAGUGGUGGAUCAACCAUGUUCCCGGGUAUCGCCGACCGAAUGAGCAAGGAAAUCACCGCACUUGCUCCAAGCAGCAUGAAGAUCAAGGUGGUGGCUCCACCAGAGAGAAAGUAUAGUGUCUGGAUCGGAGGUUCAAUUCUUGCAUCCCUCAGCACCUUCCAGCAGAUGUGGAUAUCCAAGGGUGAAUACGAUGAGUCUGGUCCAUCCAUUGUCCACAGGAAAUGCUUCUAAGUUCUGAAGAUGCUUUAAUGGCGAAUUAUUAUCUGCUUUAGUUGGUUUUUGGUGUCGGUCAUUGGAGGGUAGUCUGAGCUUUGAUUGUAUGGUACUCUGGUUCAUAGCGGUGGGCAGAAAGUUGUUUUAAGAGGCAUUUAUUGCCUUUGUUCAUCCAUGGAUUUUCCAAGAGCUUAUCCGUAGCAAAGGAGUGAUGUAUUUUUUAAUAUGUGCUUCUCAUUUUUUUGCUUAAAUUUGCAUAUUUGAAGGUGUUUUUGCCCUUGGAACAUUAAUUUUAAUAGUUAAAUGUAUGGAGAAAUUCUAUAUUAUGGUCAAUUUGCGUUCAUACACUCUGGGCUUUUAUGAAUCAGUUGUCAGUUGCUCUCUGGAGAUCAA